GGUUCCCGAACGCCUCAAAGAGUUCAUGCACGAUCAACAUAAUCAGAGAAGACUAACAAUGAAUGCAUUUAUGAUGGAAACUGAAGAGCAAGGAGCAACGUCUAUGUCAUCAAUGCCAACAUACCAAGAUCCCGAUGAUUCAACAAACCCACCGCCACCGGUUCAAGAAGAUAUGGAUAGAAGCACAAGUUCACAAUACACAGAGAGAUACGAUUGUUUUAACUUUGCCUUGGUAUGUGACAGAUUUGGUGUGCCUGACAGAUUAGCAUCAGCAUUGGGAACCGCUCUUUUGCAAGAUUUUAAAAUUAAAGAUAAGCAUGGGAAACCUCUCAUCAUGGAUAAAUCGAAAGUUCGCAGAGAAAAAGAGAAAUGCAGACAAGAAGUGCUUCGUAAACGGUUAGAUGAUACCAAUUUGUUAGCGUUUUCAUUCGAUGGCAGAAAAGAUGAUACUUUAACGAUAGAUAAAAUUGAUGAGAAGUAUCAUACUAGGAUGGUAAAAGAACCUCAUCUUGUUAUUUUGAGAGAACCCAAUUCUGAAUUGAUUGGUUACGUAAGACUGGAACAUGAAACCGCUGAAUACAAAACAACCAAAUGAAAUGGUUUUUUCAACGAUAAAAAUAUAUCACUGGAUACAUUAAUUGGAAUAUGCACUGACGGUAAGCCAACAAACACUGGCCCACACGGUGGAAUUAUACGACGAUUCGA